UUCAACUCUCUCUCAUCGUCGUGGCAAUGGCUUCGCGUUCCAGAAGCUUCUCGAGCUGCGGAUUCCUUCUACUCGUCGUCGCGAUCCAGGAAAGGGCUCUUCCUCUUCUUUUCUCCUCGUUCGUGCUUUGUGGGAAUCUCGAUGGUCGUAUCUCCUGCUUCUGAUUUCUCGAUCGCAAGAUUCUGCUUUUGGAUCCUUGUGCACUCAGUCGGCUCAGAAAAGUCAGAUACUGUCUCCCUGAGUUUUCGUUUCGGUGCCUCAAGAAGUCAGAAAAAUGGCAAAGAAUACAGAAAGAUGCUAAAUUGUCGGGGCUGUAAUGGUCAGAAGAAUAUAAAUACACCUAGUGCAUACACAGAUGUCUCUGGCAGUGUUAAAUUUCAUACAGUGAAGUCAGUCAGCUUAUCUGCUUCCCCGGUGCGAAAGAGCUCUCAUGAAGAACCUGAACAGGCAAAGAAUUUACAGAUAAAGGAACUGCACCUGGAAAGAAAGGAACAAAGAAAUGUAAAACUGAUUGAAACGGCUGAAGAUGUCAAACUCCAGAAGCAAGAAACUGACGCUGGACGAUCAAAUCAUUACAAUGAUGAUAUUAGGGGACAAUAUAGUGUAUGGAGGAGAGAAUACGGCAAUAUUCUCCCAGAUACGACUUUAAAACUCAUGAAGGGUCAAAUCAUAAUGGCUAAAGUCUACGCUAGCAUCGCCGAGAAGAGAAAUUUAACGGAUAUUGCUGGUAAAUUGAAAAAUCACAUUGCAUCAAGUGAAAAAGCUACCAAGGAUGUAAAUUCUGAUGAUAAACUGCCAGAAGGUGCACAUCGACAUGCAGAAGAGAUGGGCAAAGCUUUAUCUGCGGCAAAAGAGGUGCUAUAUGACUGUGCCGUUAUUGCAAAAAAACUACGGGCCAUGGUUCCAUCUGUUGAAAGAAGUAUAACUGCGCAGAAGGAGAAAGGCAUGUAUUUGUUGCAAUAUGCUUCAAAGACAAUCCCUGCAGCACUGCACUGCCUUGCUUUACAUCUCACAACAGAUUACUUCUCACAAGGUCAUAGUAAUAGGAGCACAAGUUCAUCAAACCGAAAAAGACUUGAAGACACCUCUCUCUACCAUUAUGCAAUAUUCUCGGAUAACAUACUUGCAACAUCAGUGGUCAUCAACUCCACUGUAGUAAAUUCCAAGGAGCCGGAGAAACACGUGUUCCAUAUAGUCACUGACAAGCUGAACUUUGCAGCUAUGAAGAUGUGGUUCAUAGCCCAUCCUCCACCGAAAACCACAAUUGAUGUGCAGAGUCACAAUGCUUUUAAGUGGCUUAAUUCUUCUCAUUGUCUAGCUCUUGGCCGUAGUGAAUCUACUCUUUCACCUGGUGAUGCUCAUCUGAAGCAUAGGAAUCCCAGGUACCUGUCUGUGCUCAAUCAUCUCAGGUUCUAUAUGCCUGAACUGUUCCCAAACUUGGACAAGAUACUGUUACUCGAUGAUGAUGUUGUUGUUCAAAGAGAUUUGACUCCACUCUGGUCUAUGGAUAUGAAAGGGAUGGUGAAUGGAGCUGUAGAGAUCUGCGGAGGUAGCUUUCACCGAUUUGACGCAUAUCUUAACUUUUCAGACCCAAGAAUCUAUGGUAAUUUUUAUCCACAUAGUUGUAUAUGGGCAUUUGGGAUGAAUAUUUUCGACUUGAAGGCGUGGAAGAAUAAAGAUAUAAUGGGAGUAUAUCAUUAUUGGCAAGAGCAGAACAAAGAUUGUGAUCUUUGGAAGCUUGGCUCGCUGCCUGCAGGCUUGGUCACAUUCUACCAUGUGACCUACCCACUCGAAAAGCACUGGCAUCUUCAUUCCCUGGGUUACAAGCGUAACAUCAGCUCCUCGGAUAUUCAAAAGGCUGCGGUCAUCCACUACAGUGGAAGCUAUAAACCCUGGUUAGGCAGUGGCCUAGCUAUCCCCGAGUACCGGAAAUACUGGUCAAAGUAUGUACCUUUUGACAGCCGCUAUCUCCGUAGAUGCCACUUUUACCUGUGACGUUAGACCUAUAGAGAAUGAUUCACUAAAUACUCAUCAUGGUAUACUUUCCCAACACAUUCAAAUUGUUUUUGCAUGGCAUACGAAUUAGAUGAUUCGUUGCAUAUGAUUUCAAAAUAGCACGGUUCUGAUCUGAGAAUAUUUCUUGAGGAUAGCACUUUCACAUAUAACAUAGGCAUCUGACAAUGUAAUACUUCUCCUUCCAUGGUGAAUUAUAAGAUAGUAGUUUUUUGGAAAAUCACCUCACUUCCACUGUCGAUGCAUGUACAUUGACUAGAAUGUUUCGAGAUCUUAACUCACUAUUGACAUUCCCUUGUCAAAAUUUAUUGGCUGUAGUUCGUUGCUUUGAACUGGUGAUUACGAAUUUGUGGUGGCUCAUGCAUAAAUGUAAGUGGUCGCUGAGCUGGAACUUUUCAAGAUAGCCUUUUUGGACUUAGACUGCAAUUUCAUUAGAAUGGUUGAGAAGGGAUCUGUUUUCCUAGUG